UUCAAAGGAAGUGACUUAUCUACAGAAAUAAGAAAACAGUCUUACUGCCAGUAGUGCAGAAGCAGAAAAGGUUAGAUGGAUAGAUCUCUUCUGUAACGAGAGAAACUGACUGAAUAACUUGGAGCAAAUGUUGGAUUAAAGAUUCUGUAUCAACAAUGGAGGACAACAAUGAUGAAGAUUUAGUUGUUGACCUAUACUGUGAGGAAAUAAAUGACCCUCCAUCAGUACCAAGUUCUACCUGCAGGAAUGACUGUCAGCAGAUGCUUACAGGAGCGUCUUGUUGUCAUGUGAAGACAACAGUUUUUAAUAUCAGCAGUGAGUCAGUUUCUCAGCAUUUGGACCCUCCUGGUGGUGAAAGUGAGAACUACACAGUGAUUAUAUGCAGAGAGGAAAAAACUGAGCAAGAGUCGACAGACAUGAAGAGCUCAGAGCCAGACAACCUGAAACCAGAGGAACAGAAGUCCAGCCAGACUCCUGAAGACAUAAAGGAUGAAACCAAAGUGAAACACCUGGAGAGCUUAUUGGAAGAAAUGGGCUUGAAGCAGAACUACAGAGAGAAGUUAUCACUCAGCACAAUACUUGAGAUUGACAAGAGAACCAUCACUGAUGAACCUGCCAAGUGUAAAUCAGACCUACCAUGGUAUUUUCUAAAGAAAAUUAUGAUGUUUAAUGUAACUGCUAGGAAUGUGAAAUGCACAUCAGUGCCUGAAUCAAACAGUGAUGAUCAAUCAGUGAGUGAAAAGUUCAGUCUUAAACAUCUGGUCAGCAGUUCAAACAAAGACAGCAUGGUGAACCCCCUCGACAUAAUCACUGCUCUCUUUCUGUGUUCUGAUGGUUUUCUACAGCAGGAAAUGGCACUAAAAAUGUCCAUGUGUCAGUUCUCUGUCCCUCUGCUGCUCCCCAGUUGUGACACAGGACAGUGCACACUCAUGCUGUGGGCCAUGAGAGACAUUGUUAAAAAGUACAGACCUCAGUCUCUUUCACAGUCAAAGGGCUUCAUUGAAGAAAGAAUUGUUCUCUCUGAACUUCCAAUGGUCUCUUUUGUCAGACUGGGUGAGUGCUCCUUGUCCAAGUCCAAGUUUCUUAAUGAGCUUCUGAGCAAUUCUCAGCAGUACCACGACACCUUUGUUCACCACAACAUGGAGUGUGGUGACAGUCCAAGACAAAUUUCCAACGGACUGACUGAAAUUACUUGGUAUCUUCCUUGUGGAAACACAAACAUUGACAUUUUCAGUCAGCCAGUGGCUGUAGCUAACCUUCGUGGGGACAUUGCUUCAUUUGAAACACAAUACUCCUUUUUGUGUCAGACAUCUGCAGCAGUUUUUGUCUUCUUUGACCAUUUGGAUUCUGAAUCUGAGUCUGUGUUCAAUCUGCUUAAAAGCCAAAACCACAAAGCACAGAUCUUCUUGGUCGGUAACUAUGAGAGCAAGCGCCUGAAUUUAGAUGUUUUGGAAAAAGUGGUAUUGAAGUUGGGCUUGACUGAAAAUAUCAUUAUUAAGACAAAGCAGAAAAAUGAAGCAGACUUUGUAAAAGAUUUGAGGGAAACAGUCAGAAAUGUGGUUGAGAAAUCAGAGCUAAAGAUGAAAAUAAAGAAGAUGGUGGACGCUGCCCAUGAACUGGGAAUCCUGGUUGAUGAAAACGCUCCAGAGUGCCAGACUGCAAAGAAAAAUGCAAAAACCAUCACUGAAGAAAUUCAAGACAUCCAUAAAUACAAAGAAGAUCAGCUUCCCCGACAAGGACAAAUAUGGAAAACACUGACCUCGUUGGAGAAGGAAGAAUUUCGACUUCGAAAUGUUGGGUCUAAAACUAUAGCAACUCAUACAAGUGAUCUUAAGAAACAGAAACAAGAACUGCGGAAAAAGCAGAACUCUUAUGAGAUAUCAACAGCUAUGACAAACUUCAUCACUGGGAUAUCAAGCCCAGGAACAGAAAAGUUUUAUUUCCUGAAAUGGAUGCGAAUGAACCUCGAUAAUGUGUCUCGUGAAAAACUUUCUGAACUCAGGGAGAAAUAUAAAGAAAAAUGCAAGAACUCCGAGAACAAAGAGGAGAUUGAAGAAAUUGACAGACAAAUUUCCAACAGCUCACUGGGGACUGAACACUUCUUCCGUGAAAUGGGUCAGAUCUAUGAAGCUUCACUGUCUCUUCCAGAAACAGACAGAUCACGUCAACAAUUGCAGGAUCUGCCCAAACUGUGUGCAGAGUUGUUGCUUGAUGGAUUUCCUCUUGAGCUUGUAGAUGGAGAUGCAUCCAACAUCCCUCUCAGAUGGGUGAGUGAUGUUCUCUCUCAGCUCAGUGACCUGGUGUCUCCAAACAGAAAGAUACGAGUAGUCACAGUUCUUGGAGUUCAGAGCACAGGAAAGUCCACUCUCCUUAACACCAUGUUUGGAGUGCAGUUUGCAGUCAGCAGUGGUCGAUGUACUCGAGGUGCCUUUAUGUUGCUCAUCAAAAUCAAUGAAGACAUGAAAAAUGUCCUAAACUGUGACUUCAUGGUGAUCAUUGACACUGAGGGCUUAAAGUCACCAGAACUUGCACAACUGGACAACAGCUAUGAGCACGACAAUGAGCUUGCAACACUUGUUGUGGGACUGAGUGAUGUCACCAUAGUCAACAUUGCAAUGGAGAAUUUAAUUGACAUGAAAGACAUCCUACAAAUAGUUGUGCACGCUUUUCUCAGGAUGAAGGAGGUAGGCAAAAAGCCUAAAUGUCAGUUUGUUCACCAGAAUGUGUCGGAUGUUUCAGCCCAUGAUAAGAACUUACGAGACAGGAAACUGCUCCUGGAUCAGUUAAAUGAGAUGACUCAGGCAGCAGCCAAAAUGGAAAAGAAAGAGGGGAACAAGAGCUUCACUGAUGUGAUGGAGUACAGUCCAGACACUGGGAACUGGUACAUUCCUGGACUGUGGAAUGGAAACCCACCAAUGGCACCAGUCAGUGCAGGAUACAGUGAGGCUGUAUAUGAGCUCAAGAAAAACAUCAUCCAACUAGUGAGAGACUGUGAAUCAUCUGCUAAUGAUAUCAUGGAGUUUAAAGAGUGGGUGAAAAGUCUGUGGAAUGCAGUAAAGCAUGAAAACUUCAUCUUCAGCUUCAGAAACAGCCUCGUAGCUGAUGCAUACAUGAAGCUCUGCACAGAGUUCAACAAAUGGGAGUGGGAGUUCAGAAAAGAAAUGUACACCUGGGUAAGAGAUGCAGAAACAAAAAUGUACAAUUUUGGUACCAUUGCAGCAAAAUCUGAAACAUCUGACAUGAGAGAAUUUCUCGAAUCUUUGAAAAGUGAAGCCUCCACAGUGCUGUCUGCAUGGGAGACAAAGAUUCUGAACAAUCUGACACAAUAUUUCAAGCAAACAGAGGGUCAUGUGUAUCUGGUUGAAGGAUACAAAGAGGAAUUCUCAAACAGUGCAAAGGUCCUUCGUCGUGAAAUAGAAACUGGUGUAAAGUAUCAGCUUGAAGCAGCAGCAGAAAACAGACAGGGAAUGAUAAAAAUUGAUAAAAUCAAAGACAAUCAUACAACUGAGAUUCAAAAAGCAGUGUGUGCAUUAAUUGAAAGAUGUCGAAAGAAAAAAGUCCAAAUGACAGACACUGAGUUGGACAAAAAGUUUGAAAACAUGUGGAGGGAAACAUUACAAAAACUUUCUCUCUCUGAACAAAAAACCUCAAAUGUCACAGACAACGUGUCCCGCUAUCUCAGAGAAAAUCUGAAACACAGGGGGAGCCGUGCAAAUGAGUUAUUAAGUGAAAAGACUCUGCAAGAGUGUGGAAAACAGUCUUUCAAAAUUACAGCUGAAGGAUGGUUCAAGAAAUUUAAAACAGGAUUGAUACAGUUCUUCACCGGUCAGAAUCACAUAAUGGCUGUUCAAGAGCUUGCUGACAGCAUCAUAGAUAUUUGCACAGACUUUGUGACUGAACAAGUGAGAAGAAAAAACAAUUACCAUGACACUUACAUCCAGGAGAUCCUCCACAUGAUUGAUGAGAAGCUGCAAAACAAUAAAGAUGUCAAGAUAAACACUGAGUUUGAAGUUUCUCUAAAACAGCACAUCUGUGGAUUCGCAGCCGGAGAGUUUCAGAAAAUGCACGAAGAUUUCAUAGAAGAAAACGAUCCGUACAGAUGUCUGAUUAAAAACAAGGAAAAGUUUUGUGAUGAUUUCAAAGAUGUGUUUCAUGAACGAGACCAGUGUCAGAAGAAGGCAGAAGAAUUCACAAAUCGAUGUUUGAAGCCUGCUGUUGAAGACUUUGUUAAUCGCUCCCUGGGUCUUAAUAUCAUUGAUGAAAUGAGGAAACUCGAGCAGUUCAGCACAAGAAUGUCUUUACAGUAUUCAGUUUUACUGGAUUUGCUUUACAAGGAGGAUUUUCAAAACUUUCUGAGCUAUAUUUGUUCAUAUGAGAAGUAUGUAAAGACAUGGAUACUCAAACAAAUAAAGAAGCGCUUCUCAAAUGAGUCGACAGUUUUUGAGUUUGAGGACCGACAUCUGCAGUCAUGUAUUGACAGCAUAAAUUCUGCCAUCAACAAGGCCAAAACCAGAGAGCGUGAUGACUUGAAAGCUUUCGUUGAAGACAUUUGGAAAGAACUUGGUGAUAAACUGGUCAUUUCCCAGGAUGCUCUUGGUGCUUUCAUGAUACUGAACAAUGCUGACAAGGAACAGUUUGCUGACUGUCUCACGGCAUCUGUGAAUGACAUGACAGAAACUCUUAGAAAGAAGUUCAAAAAAUCUACCUUUGAAAUGAAACUACAACAUCUCCAUGUGCAGCCUCAGAAUGAGCUUUUCAACAAAUUGAUUGGUUGUGGCCAACAGUGUCCAUUCUGCAAAGCUCCCUGUGAUGCAGGAGGAAAAGCCCAUACUGAGCACUUUGUUUCACUGCAUAGACCAAAGGGUCUGGGCAGAUACAGCUGGGAGCGGUCAGAAAAACUUGUCACUGAAACAUGCUCAACCGACAUAAUCAGUGAAAAAAGAUUUCGUUGCAGUGAUACAAACAAUGAAUGGCAUCCUUAUAAGGAUUACAAGAAAAUCUAUGAAGACUGGAAUAUUCAACCAGAUGUGAGCCUUGAAGCUUCAGACUACUGGAAAUAUGUAAUGAAAGAAUACAACAGCAGCUUUGCCAAAAAAUAUGAAGUAGAACCUGCAGACAUUCCAGAAGCUUGGUAUGACAUCGACAAAGGUCAGGCAGAAAAAAGUGUCAAAGAAUCAUUUUACAGGAAGUAACUACUUGUAAUCAUCUUCAUUUCGUUAGAAAAAUAAUCCUCAUAAGAAUUACAAGGAAAUUUUCAGCCAGACAUUCCAAAAUCUUGGCGUAACAUCAACAAAGAUGAGGCAGAGAAGAAGUCUCAGAGAAGCAUUUCACAUCAAAUAACUACAUGUAAUCCUUCUCAUUUUAUUCUGGUGUACAGAAGAACAUAUCACUGAUAUUUUGUUUGUGAUACUAAAGAAAACUCUUCAAUAUUUUAGGAGGCAACAUAAAGAUCCUGUUAGUAAACAGUGCAUUCAUUCUCUUUCGCUUAUCCAAUUCUGGGUAAUGUAGGUGGAGAUACAACUUAUCCCAGCUGCCAUAGAGUGAGAGGCGGGGUACACCCUGGACAGAUCACAAGUCUGUGAUCUGUCCAGGCUAACUCAGAGAGACAGACAACCAUUUACCCUCACAUUCACACCUAUGGUCAAU